GGUUGUGGAAGUUUUUGGGAACCGUGGGCGCUGCUCCUGUUGUGAUAUAAGAUGCCUCCUCAGACGAACCUCAUGACGCAACCAGUUUACUCAACACAACUUGACGUCGUGAGGAGAAGAAACACACUCAAAAGGUUUCCCACGUUUGUGUUGAGCGAAGGUGCAAGGAUGGAAUACUGUCUUCUGCUUUUUAUCUCUUGUGUUUUCACUGCACAGACGCACAUUACUCUCCCUGGACAUGAAGGAAUCAUCUUUAAAGAGCCAAGAAGGAGCAGUCCGAGAGUUCUCACGACAACAGGCAAAGAGUGUAAAUUUCCAUUCCGUCAGGGUGGAAGGAUUCAUCAUCACUGCAUCAUCAGCCGUUCCUCAAGACCUUGGUGCUCCGUUACACAUAAUUUUGACCGGGACCUGAAGUGGGGCUACUGUGUCCCAGAGGAAAGGCAACCAAAUGUUUUCAUCCACAUGUCACGAAGAAUCAUCGACCCGUGUCAGAUGAACCCCUGUCAGAAUGGUGGUUCCUGCAUGCUGGUCCCACUCAGGGACUCGUUUGAGUGCGUCUGCCCAGAGAGCUUCACCGGGAUGCUGUGUGAGCACAAGAAGUGCUAUGAAACCGUACACCUGCGCUAUUAUGACAUCGGAGAGUCUUGGGGACGAAUUCACCUGCGUAAUGUGGAACAGUGCACAUGUGUAUCAGGGGAAAUCAAGUGUGAGAGAGUCCGCUACACAAUGUGCCGUACAAACCCUUGUGAGAACGAUGGAACAUGUCGACUGAUCAUAGCCACCGGCAAAGAAGUGUGUAACUGCAGGCGUGGCUACACCGGACCAUAUUGUAGCUACGGUGAAACGGAGACAGAGUGCUAUAACGGCAGAGGUACAGGUUACCGAGUGGUGGGCACCACGGUGUCGGGUGCCCGGUGUCUGCCGUGGAACUCAGACCUGCUGUAUGAUGAGAUCCAUGUGGGCACAGUGGUCGCCUCUGCCCUCAGGGGUCUCGGGGAACAUGCCUACUGCAGAAACCCAGAUGCUGACAAGAUGCCAUGGUGUUACACAGUAAAUCACGGCGCCAUCUCCUGGGAAUACUGCGACGUUCCCUCCUGUGUGAUGCCUGUGUCUUCUUCUCGGAGGACAAACUCAUCUAAUGUCUCUGGGGGUAUCAAAAAGCCAAACUCGAACAAACCAACCGAAAAGCCUGUCUGCGGGAAGAAGCACAAGAAGUCAAUGGCUAGGGGCAGGAUAAUGGGUGGAAACACUCCUCUGCCGGGCACUCAUCCCUGGGUGGCAGCUAUUUACGUCAGAAAAAAUGAUUUUUGCGGUGGCACCUUGGUGUCCUCCUGUUGGAUUGUUUCUGCGGCACACUGCUUCUCCGGCAGUCCCCUGAAGUCUCAGAUCCGCGUGGUUCUCGGACAGCACAAGUUCAACGUCACCGAUUCCAACACCAGAACAUUCGGAGUAGAGGACUACAUUUUUCCAAAGCAGUUCUCCGUGUUUAAUCCAACACAGCAUGAUAUUGUUUUAGUCAAGCUGAAAAAAGAGGAUGGGAAAUGUGCAAGGAGAAGUCAGUUCAUAAGGCCCAUCUGCCUCCCAGAAAAAGGCAUGACGUUCCCUGAUGGCUACUGCUGCACUAUUAGCGGCUGGGGAUACCUUCAUGAGAAGUCAAAGGAGUACUCAACCUUGCAGGAGGCAGGAGUGAGGCUGAUUCCCCACAGCACUUGCACAAAGCCAGAAGUGUACGGCAACCAUGUCACUGAAGGCAUGAUUUGUGCAGGGCGUCGCUGUGUUGAUGCAUGCCAGGGUGACUCUGGGGGCCCGCUGGCUUGUGCAAACAAUGAUGUCAGCUUCCUGUACGGGAUCGUCAGCUGGGGAGAAGGCUGCGGCCGCUCUGGAAAACCUGGUGUUUACACUAAAGUGGUGAACUACCUCGACUGGAUCAAUUCAGUUAUCAAACGCAAACCUUCUUGAAUGGACAAUAACCUGGACAUUAACUUGAAUACCUUGAAUAAUUUGGACCUUUUUUUAUUAUUAUGGAAGUUAAUAUUUUUUUAUACUGUGAAAGAGUUUUAUACUGAAUAAACCUUUACUGUCUUGAUGAUACUUUUAAGUGUGUUUGAGACUUUUCAGUGAA